AUGGCGGACAUCUUUCGAGAUUCGACAUGUAGCCAAAUAUUGGGAGUGCUCUUCAAGGGACGCCUACUCUACGUCGACGAGCGACAAUAUUGCCAAGUCCCUUCGUUCGAAGAAAAGCCCUCGGAGAGAGUCAGUCAUGGUGAUAUCUCUACAAGUGGUGCAGAGAGAGGGAGUGAAUCAAGCGAGACUCAAGUGCUGCCGAAAAUAGCAGUUGUUGGCUGGUACGGCAGUGAUGAUCCAGACAAUCCACAGAAUUGGAGAAUUGGCCCACCCGGAAAGAGGUCUUUGUUUUCGCUUUAA